UAUACCUUAUACCUUUCCUAAAACUCAACGAGUUAACAAGUCUAGCGUAUUAUUCAAUUGUAUUUUUAUUUUGUUAAAUUUUGUGAAAGAUUUUCUUAAAGGCAAAUCGCGUUCUUUUUAUGCUCAUUUUUAUUUUUAUCUUAUUGAAAAAAAGUAUUUCAAAAUGGGCGGCAACGAUGCUGGAAGAAGUAUCUUCACUUAUGAUACUCUGGUACACGCAUUGUCAGGCGCAGCAGGUAGCGUCAUCGCCAUGGCAACCUUCUUCCCUCUGGACACUGUCAGAAGCCGACUCCAACUAGAGGAAAAUCGAGAAGCAAAAAAUACGCUUGCGAUGAUACGUGAAUUGACUUCGAAAGAAGGACCGCAUACGCUGUAUCGAGGAAUGGUGCCAGUUCUUCAAAGUCUUUGUGCCAGUAAUUUCGUUUAUUUCUACACAUUUCAUGGAUUAAAAAUGUUGAGAAGUAGAAGAAAUCAAACAGCUAGAAAUGAUCUUUUGGUCGCAUCGAUCGCAGGUGUGAUAAAUGUGCUGACAACGACACCACUUUGGGUUGUUAAUACGAGAUUGAAAAUGAAAGGAAUUAAUAGUGUUAAUGAGAAAAACAAUAACGAUUAUAAUACAUUGUACGAUGGUCUUCUCCAUAUAUGGAAAUUUGAAGGAUUAGAAAAAUUAUGGGCAGGUACAUUACCAAGUCUCCUUCUCGUAGCAAAUCCAGCUAUUCAAUUCAUGACAUACGAAAGUAUUAAAAGAAGGGUUAGUGCUUCUUCUGGUAUUCAACCAUCAGCUUGGGUCUUUUUUGCUAUUGGUGCGAUCGCUAAAACGGUUGCUACGACAUUAACUUAUCCUUUACAAUUAAUACAAACGAAACUGAGGCACGGACAUAAGUAUCCUGAUUUAUCGCCGAAUGCUGGAACUAUUCAAAUUUUCUUUUACAUUUUAAAGAAACAAGGCUUACUUGGUUUAUACAAAGGAAUGGAAGCUAAACUAUUGCAGACUGUUUUAACAGCGGCGUUGAUGUUUUUAACUUAUGAAAAAAUUUCAAGAUUCGUAUUUCGCAUUCUUCUUCAUAGACCUAUUGUUAGAUAACGGUAUGAUUAGGCGCUUAAAGACUAUAUUUAGAUAUAAACGGGUUACUAAAAUUUAAAUAAAUAUACAAUUAAUGCAAAUUUUCGUUUUC